CUCACAUGAGACCCUACUACUACCAGGUAUUGUAGGAAAGCUCCGUUGUAUCAUCGCCAUCCGCCUUCUCGGGAAGAUUUAUCAAACACCGCCCCCUACCUUUUUUAGCUCCCGCCUCCUGAAGCCGAUCUGAUCUGGCAGCAUUUUUGCCAUCACUGGGCCGACUGACUGCCUCUGACCUCUCCCGUCUUCCCGUCUGGCGACAGCUCACCUCACCUUGACCACCCACCUACAUACACCCAUCCAUCUGCCAGGUUGGCUUGCCGAGGUGCAUCGCAGCAUCAAGUCGAGGAAAGAAAGCAUAGGCUAGCAGCACCUACAACAGGCUGGGCCCGGUCCACUCAAAAAUACCACGGCAGCCGUACAGUAAUAUUCUUUGACACCAUCCAUAUAGGUAGCUUACCAGAUCGAAGCCGCUAGUUACCAUUAACUGUGUAAACCCUGCUGCCUGCUAGCGACCCAAAGCAACGAAUCGAGACCGAGCCCCAUCGAGCUCUCUGCCCCCCCUACCUUGGACCUGGUGUGGGACGCACCCAAGACCACCAUCUCUGCGGGUAGCGGGCCAUCUGCAGCCGACUAACCACACCCGCCUCCUCAUCAUGUCAAUAAAUUCUAAGCCUGUUCCUCGCCAACCCCACAUCCAAUACACAUUCUUUUCUUCUCGCCUAAUGGAUCAGGCCUUGGCCGAGCAGCAUCAAUGGACCAUCUUGCGAUAUUCUCGGUCUAACGAUGAGGACAGCUGGGUCAUGCUGACCCGUGACGGCGAGAUUGUGCCUAUCCCCGGGGAGAAAAUCCUGCACACCUCACGGCCACGAGUCUCGCUGGAGAUCACGACGCCGAAAGAGCUCAAUAUCGCCAACCCAUACACUCUCAAAGUCGAUAAUGGCAUUGCCUACAUUACCAACGAGCGGGUGAUAUAUCUCCCUAUUAGACCUAGCGAGAAUUUCAAGUCGUUCUUUGCGCCCGCCUUGAACUUUACCGACACCCAUGUACAGUCGUCAUGGAUUGGUCCCUGGAGCUGGGGUGGCACCGUCAGGCCUGUCCCCGGCGGCGGCAUCCCCAUGCACAUCCCCCGGAUCGAGGUCAAGUUUGUCUUCAGGGAUGGGGGUCACAGCGACUUCCAGAACAAGUACGAGUGGCUCAAGGAACGUCUUCACCAUGCCCGGGAAAUGGGGCUGAACCCCGGUUCGAACUUGGAGCCUCCUCCGCCCUACGAGGACAACGCGCCCGGACCUUCCUCCGGCCCGGCCGGCAGUGCCCCGGCCGGCACUUCUGAUCAGCCUCAGCCGCCUCCACCCGUUCCCGACGAGCCGCCCCCGGACUAUGUCGAGGCGCAGACUCAGGCUAUUUCGACGCAGUACGAGGAGAGAGUGAGGCAGGAUGCAGAGCGGCAAUGA